GAAGCUGCUCGCGCUGCAAUACUGCUGCUGCCUAUUGUGUUAGGCGGUACGAGAGGAGUAUCUGUAUAUACUCCUUACACGCCUCUACUGUCAUAUUCAUCGGUGUAUUUAACCUGUAAUAGAGGUGGUUUCUAGGGGUCGUCAGCAUGAGCAGUUCAGAGGAAGUAUCCUGGAUCUCUUGGUUCUGUGGACUCAGGGGAAACGAGUUCUUCUGUGAGGUGGAUGAGGACUACAUCCAGGACAAGUUCAACUUGACAGGCCUCAAUGAGCAGGUCCCGCACUAUCGACAAGCCCUUGACAUGAUCCUGGACCUCGAGCCAGAUGAAGAGCUGGAGGACAACCCCAAUCAGAGCGACCUGAUUGAGCAGGCGGCUGAGAUGCUGUAUGGUCUGAUCCACGCACGGUACAUCCUUACCAACCGUGGCAUUGCCCAGAUGUUGGAGAAAUAUCAGCAGGGAGAUUUUGGCUACUGUCCCAGGGUUUACUGUGAAAACCAGCCCAUGCUGCCUAUUGGUUUGUCUGAUAUUCCUGGAGAAGCUAUGGUAAAGCUCUACUGUCCCAAGUGCAUGGAUGUGUACACCCCCAAGUCGUCACGGCACCACCACACCGACGGGGCCUACUUUGGGACUGGCUUCCCUCAUAUGCUCUUCAUGGUGCACCCUGAGUAUAGGCCCAAGCGGCCAGCCAACCAGUUUGUGCCCAGGCUCUAUGGUUUCAAGAUCCAUCCGAUGGCCUACCAACUCCAACUGCAGGCAGCAUCCAGCUUCAAGAGCCCUGUGAAAGCCAUUCGUUAGGACUGUCGCAGGGUGCAGGGAUCAGAACCAGGCUCUGCACCAUUGCCUGCAUUGUGGAAGAGACAGUGUUUAUAUGUGGUUUAGGUUCUGUUUAUUGAAAAGGAUGUUUAUGAUGGACAUGUGCGGGUGGGCAUAAACGCAUAGAUGCCGCACCUGUUUUCUCUUUCUUCUUGUUCUUUAUAUUUCUUUUGCUUACUGUCUCUGUUCCACAUCUCUCUCUGGUCACACAAAAAUGUGUGUAUCUGGUUGUAACACACAGAGACAGCAGGGUUGCAUCUUUUGAGAGCACUUUUUUCAUCAUCCUCAAGCCUUAAUUAAACCAAGGCACAAAAUGUGGGCUCAGCCUGUGCCUUUAAGUAUUGUCUGUGCUUAAUUUUGGGUAUGUGGUCAAAUCUAUGGUGGGGGUAAAAAAGGGGCCAAAGGAUAAGCUAGUUAAGAUUUCAUGUCGUCUAGAGUACUACUCCUUACCACAUAAUACUCAAAAGCACAGUGCUGUAUGUUUUGGUUUAUAUAAGGUUUUUGAUAUGACUAAUAAGUUUACAAGGUGUAACUGAUACUUGUCCUCUUGUUCUGCUUUUAACUCAGUGACACAAAAGGUUCUUUUUUUUUUCUUUUUUUUUAAAAAAGAAAAAAGAAAAAAAAAGUCUUAUUCUGUUGAAACCAGCCCCAUGCUGUCUGUGUGUGUUUUCCUGCCACUGGAACAGUAUAGACCUCAGCUACACUCUACUGCUCCAUGGCUCUUCACCACAAUUCCUUUCCACCACAAUGCAGCCUUGCACAGCAGUGCUGUUCUGCAUUUUGUAGUCAAAUUAUUUAUGUAAAGAAUAUAUAUUAUGAGAAGCUGAUUUUCAGGACACUUUCUGUUAAAUAGAAUUUUAAGUUUGUUGGUGUAACUACUAUAUUCUGUGUCUAUACAAUUUUUUUUUGGUUUUUCAAUUAGAACAGAUGGCUUGACAACCUUUGGUUUUAGUACAGUACUGAGGAUGAUUGGUAGAAAACUUCUCCAGUUGUUCAGCAGUGAUCAGGAUUCAGAAUGCACAAUAAACUUGCUUUUCAUA